UUUCAGAAGAACACAUCCAUAAUCCUUAAUCCUUCCCCAUUAUCCACUUUUCUCAUUCAUUUUCCCAUGGCGCCAAACAGCCAAACAUCCCUUAACGAAGGCAAGUGUGCCAUCCCAAUCACCACAAACGACCUAGAACACCAACAAACCCUAGAUCAAAACGAGUUCGACUACUCAAAACGCUCCCAGUGGCUUCGCGCUGCUGUCCUAGGCGCCAAUGAUGGCUUAAUCUCAACGGCGUCGUUGAUGAUGGGCGUGGGAGCUGUCAAGGAAGACAUCAAGGCCAUGAUCCUAACUGGGUUCGCCGGACUAGUAGCCGGGGCAUGCAGCAUGGCCAUUGGAGAGUUUGUCUCUGUGUACUCCCAGUUGGACAUAGAGGUGGCUCAAAUGAAAAGGGACGAUCAGAACAAGCAAAAGACUCUGGCACAAGUGGCGGAAGAUGGUGAUAGCGAGGGAGACAAUGAAAAGGAGAGCCUGCCCAACCCGUUGCAAGCUGCGGCUGCUUCAGCUCUUGCGUUUUCAGUAGGGGCAAUGGUCCCAUUGCUAGCAGCUUCGUUCAUAAGGGAGUAUAAGGUGAGGUUAGGAGUUGUGGCUGCAGCUGUGAGCUUGGCUUUGGUGGUGUUUGGGUGGUUGGGGGCUAAAUUAGGGAAGGCACCAAUUAUGAGAUCAAUGAUGAGGGUUUUGGUUGGAGGUUGGAUGGCCAUGGCUAUAACCUUUGGGUUAACCAAGUUGAUUGGCUCUAGUGGGCUGUGAAACACCUUGAUCUCACAUCCAUUGUAACUGUGUUAUUAGAUGUUUCAUCUUUUUUAUGUUCCCUUUUUUUCUGCUUUUGGUUUUUGUGUAAUGAAAGAUGACAAGAUGUGUAUAGGGAGUGAGUUUUGCUAAUUUUCUUGGUGUAAGUUGAGCCUUAAAAGAAAGGAAACGCAUAGUAUUAUUGGGGAAUAAAAGUACUAAAGAUCACGCAC